AUGCUCGCACCGCCAUCCCCAGACGCCGCGAGCAGUAGCAGGUCCAGUCACAGCCUCACACCUGUGGCAGUGACGCCCGCGACGCCAGCGCCAGCUUCUGCCUCUGCUUCAGGCUCUUCUUCGUCGCCCCCAGCACAGGCCGCAGCACCAGCGCCCACAUCCGCUGACCUGAACCCCGCCGACGUGCGCUGGAAGAUGGCCGUUGCGUGCGAUGUCUGCCGGCGGCGCAAGGUACGCUGCGACGGCGAGCGGCCAUGUUCGCGGUGUGCGCGCGCCGACAUCACCUGCUCGUUCUCCUUGCCAAAACACAUUGCAAGGAGGGUAGAGCAUGCCAACGCCGCGGCGGGGAGUGCAAGCCUGACGCCGGCGCCAACACCGCCUGCCCCAACAGCACCAGUAGACACAGACGCGAUACGCCCAACAUCUAGUGGAAGCAGCCGUUGCGCCGCUAGCAAAGACGGCGACCUCGAAGUCGCCGCGCCUCCUCCUCGCGCGCGCAAACGCUCCCUGUCACCGACUGGCCUUUCGCCACUGCGCGAGGUAAAGGCCAAGGUAGCCAGCGUCGAGUCGCUCCUCACUGUGCCUGCGCCGUCCCCGCGACCGCGGGCACUUUCCGCCUCGGACCUGCCUGUGCGGACAGCCAAGCCACCACCAGCACCCCUGCCCGCCCGGCGGCCGUCCACAGAAGCUGUGUCUACUGGACCGGCGCACCUCCUCCUGGUCGACGCCGACGACCAGCUGGUGCAUGCCGGCCCAUCAUCAUCCCUGCCCCUCUUUACCCGACUCGGACUUGUCUCGACCAUCCAGGUUUCCGAGCACGGCGAAGAUGGAGCGGCCGAGGCCGACGGCGACUUUUUCACCUGGCACGCGAACCGCAGCAUCCCUCUCGUCGCCCCACUCGACGACAAGGUCGACUACCUCGACCUCCUGUUCGAUGUGUGUGACAUUGAACGCAUGCACGCGCUCAUUGGGCUGCACCUCAACUCGCCAAUCUUCUUCCCCCUCCUCCACGGCCCGUCCUUCUUGGCAGAGUUUGCGGCAGUCACCCGUCGACGCCUUCUAUGCACACCCCAGUAUGGCGCGUUCCUCAUGUCCAUCCUCGCGGCCACCGCGCGCCUUGUCCCCGCCGCGAAGGACCUACUGCCAGCCGAGGAGCGGGGCGAUCCAGGACGCCAGUACUACGAGUUUGCCCUCUACCUCAUGCGGAUAAGCGGGUCCAAGCUGGAUAUCCGGUACAUCCUCGCGCUGUAUCACCUCGCAUUGUACACCCAGGGUAGGGAGCUCUCUGCUGGCGUCGCAUCAAGCUACAUUGGCGAAGCCAUCGGGCUGGCGUACGCUGCUGGACUGCACAAGUCCUACGAGGGCUUCAACCUCGACCCCAUCACGACGCAGAUCCGCAUCAGACUCUUCUGGGGCCUGUACAUCCUCGACACGUCCCUGGCAUACGCCCACGGGCGUCCGAGCCUGAUCAAGCUGUCCGACUGCACCAUCGACCUGCCCGCGGUGGAGGCCAUCAAGCGGACAGAGGUCGUCGACCAGCAGGAGCGCGAGCGCGCCGUCAGCCUCGCGGCCAGCAUCAAGAUGCUCGACGUGUUCAUCGUGCUUGGGCAAGUUUUGCCCAUCAUCAACAGCCCCAGGCAGCCAAAGCGCAGCUACCAUGACGAUGGAACGGUGCCGCUCACCCGCUCCGAGCUGUUUGGCCGCACUGCCCACCGCUUAGACAAGAUCGACUCCAACCUCCCGGCCUUCCUCAAACUCGACAAGGACAAGGACCCGAUCGGGCCAAAAUUCCUCGUGCUCCAGGGGCUUAAAGUGAACGCGGCAAUCACGUUUGCUCGCGUGCUUAUUGCGCGCGAGGCGCUUGUAGCCGAGCUCGACGCACCGCCCGCACCGACCCCGUCAGAGGUCCACCACCUGGAGCCGCCGGUCAUCAUCUCGCCUACCAACCCGGGGGCGCCACGCACGCCGGGGAAAUCGCUUGCGACGCGGGCCGCGGUGCGCCUCUCCCUCUCCCUCAUCCAGAUCUACAGCCACUUCCGGCACCAGGGCCUGCUCCAGCACGCAGACUACACGGCAGUGACACACCUCACGGCCGCUGCGCACACCCUGCUCACUGGCAUGGUGAGGUCGGCCGACGUGCUGCACGACCACCGUAGCGACUUGGUCUCGAUCGUCGAGCUGCUUGGCGCGCUGAGUGCCCGCUUCCCUGUCGCCGAAGCGGAGGCGCGACUUAUUGCUGAAGUUGGGCGACGACUUGACUCGGGCGGCAAGGAGGUCCGCGGGCUUGCGCUGCGCAUGCUCGCCCGUACAGACACGCAACGGCCACCGGCUCCGGUGCAGGUACCUCAAGGCUCAACAGUGCCCCUUCCACCGGUGGCGCCGCCACACCCCGACCUCGCGAGGCGCGAGAGUGGCGAGAGCAACGCGAGCAACGCCAGCCGAGGGAGUGUGCUGAGCUUUGCGAGUAGCGCUGGUGCAGCCAGUGCCGUGACAGAGCGGCCGGUCCAGCACAAACACGAGGACAGAGGGCGUGAUCAGACACGAGCACCAUUGCGCGAGUUCCCGCGACCUCACUCGCACGAGCGGACGCCGUCACACGAGCAUCAUCAGUACGAGCGGCGUGAGCCCGAGCGUGGCGGCCACCACGUGCAUAGCGACGAGGGCCACUCACACCGCGGCGACGAGCGCGGACACUCUCGCCAGCCGUCCCGGGACCCGCUAUGGAUCGGAGGGCUCCCCGUUCCGCGGCUUCAAAUCUCGCCGACCAAACAUACACACGAGCGCGAGUACUAUGACGACGAGGAGAGGCGCGACGCUGCCUACCAGGAGAGCCAUGAGCGCGGGCGGGGCGACUGGCCCCGCCGGCCGCCGCUCGAGCAGCGCGCAGUGUAGAAUCGUUGUACAUUAUGGGUAUGCAGGGU